AUGAAAAUCAGUGACGAUGCCGCAAUGGCGGGUUCCAUAGAGAUUCCGCUUCGUGACACAGACGAGGUAAUAGAACUCUACCUCGAUCAGUUACCAGAGGGAGAUGAAGUUCUUGGAAUCUUACGCCAAGAACAUGCACAACUUAAUAUCUGGGUCAAUUUGGCCCUUGAAUAUUAUAAGCAACAUAAAAUUGAAGAUUUCAUUAAAAUACUUGAAUCUUCUCGGAUUGAUGCAAAUAUUGAUUAUCGCGACUAUGAGAAAGAUCAAAUGCGCGCGUUGGACAUGUUGGCCGCAUACUAUGUCCAAGAGGCCAACAGAGAGAAAAAUAAGGACAAAAAGAGAGAUCUUUUUACAAAAGCUACAUUGCUAUAUACAACAGCUGAUAAGAUCAUUAUGUAUGACCAGAAUCAUUUACUCGGCCGAGCUUACUUUUGCCUCUUGGAAGGGGAUAAAAUGGAUCAGGCCGAUGCCCAAUUCAAUUUUGUACUGAAUCAAUCUCCAAAUAAUAUCCCCUCUCUACUUGGUAAAGCAUGCAUAGCAUUCAACAAAAAGGAUUACCGUGGUGCACUUGCCUUCUAUAAAAAAGCUUUGAGAACAAAUCCCAAUUGCCCAGCAGCAGUGAGGCUAGGAAUGGGACAUUGUUUUAUGAAAUUAAAUAACCAAGAAAAAGCACGUUUGGCCUUCGAAAGAGCUUUACAGUUAGAUGGGCAAUGUGUUGGAGCACUGGUUGGAUUGUCAGUUUUAAAAUUAAAUCAACAACAGCCUGACAGUAUUAGAACUGGAGUACAAAUGUUAUCAAAAGCUUACACAAUUGAUUCAACAAAUCCUAUGGUAUUAAACCACUUGGCAAAUCACUUCUUCUUUAAAAAAGAUUAUAACAAAGUGCAACAUCUGGCACUCCAUGCGUUUCACAAUACAGAAAAUGAAGCUAUGCGCGCAGAAAGUUGCUAUCAGCUAGCUAGAGCUUUUCAUGUUCAGGGUGAUUAUGAUCAAGCAUUUCAAUAUUACUAUCAAGCAACACAAUUUGCACCUCCAGUUUUUGUAUUACCACAUUUUGGCUUAGGUCAGAUGUAUGUUUACAGGGGUGAUGCGGAAAAUGCUGCGCAGUGUUUCGAGAAAGUGUUGAAAGCCCAACCAGGAAAUUACGAAACGAUGAAAAUUCUCGGAUCGUUGUAUGCAAAUUCGAGUUCCCAGUCAAAACGUGACAUCGCCAAAAAUCAUCUCCGGAAAGUAACCGAACAGUUUCCUGAUGACGUUGAAGCAUGGAUUGAGCUAGCUCAAAUAUUAGAACAAAGUGACCUUAAUGCAGCCUUAAAUGCAUACGGUACUGCAACUAGAAUUUUAAAAGAGAAAGUUCAAGCAGACAUACCACCUGAAAUUUUAAACAAUGUUGGAGCCCUACAUUAUAGACUUGGAAAUUUAGAAGAAGCCAGAAAAAAUUUGGAAGAAUCACUAGCGCGCUCCAAAGCUGAUGCCUUACACGAUUCUGUAUACUAUAAUUCCAUCGCGGUCACAACAACAUACAAUUUAGCACGACUGAAUGAAGCUUUGUGCGUUUUCGACAAAGCAGAAAAAUUGUAUAAAGACAUUUUAAAGGAACAUCCGAACUACGUAGAUUGUUAUUUGCGACUUGGGUGUAUGGCACGAGAUAAGGGACAAAUCUACGAAGCCUCCGAUUGGUUCAAAGAUGCUUUGAGAAUCAAUAAUGAACAUCCGGAUGCUUGGUCCCUUUUGGGAAAUUUGCAUUUGGCUAAAAUGGAAUGGGGUCCUGGUCAAAAGAAGUUCGAGAGAAUCUUGAAGAAUCCAACGACGAGCACGGACGCUUAUUCGUUAAUUGCUUUGGGCAACAUCUGGUUGCAAACUUUGCAUCAGAGCGGAAAAGAUAAAGACCGGGAGAAACGUCAUCAAGACAGAGCGCUGGCUAUGUAUAAACAGGUUUUGCGAAACGAUCCCAAAAAUAUUUGGGCUGCGAACGGAAUUGGAGCUGUAUUAGCACAUAAAGGCUGCGUGAAUGAAGCCAGAGACAUUUUCGCUCAGGUGAGGGAGGCGACCGCUGAAUUUUGCGACGUUUGGUUGAACAUCGCGCACAUAUACGUGGAACAAAAACAAUUUGUCAGCGCUAUUCAAAUGUAUGAGAAUUGCCUCCGAAAAUUCUACAAGUACCAUCAUGUGGAAGUUCUUCAAUAUCUCGGCAGAGCUUACUUCAAAGCUGGCAAAUUGAAGGAAGCAAAAUUGACAUUGUUGAAGGCACGGAGGGUAGCGCCGCAAGAUACGGUUUUGUUGUACAAUAUUGCGCUUGUGCUUCAACGUUUGGCAACGCAAAUAUUGAAAGAUGAAAAGUCGACUCUGACUACUGUACUCCAAGCAGUACACGAGCUGGGACUCUCGCAUAAAUAUUUCCAGUAUUUGUCAACACACGGGGACAGAAUGGAACAACUUGCGGAAGCGGAGGCUAGGAGAUGCCAAGAUUUAUUGUCUCAAGCGCAGUAUCACGUUGCUCGAGCUAGAAGAUUGGACGAAGAGGAGAAAAUGUUACGAAGGAAACAAGAGGAAGAACGACAAGCAUUUAAAAUGCGCCAGACGGAGGAACAACGUAAACUGGAGGAAUUACGAAGACAGAAGGAAGAAGAGAUGCUACAGAAGCGGCAGGAAUACGUUGAAAAGACUAAAAACGUGCUGGUGUUCGGCGAAAUGCCCUCGGAAAAGCCCGGCAGGAAAGGUAAGAAAGUACGUACUGAUCAGUAUGUAAGCGACAGCGGCGGUUCCGGGAGAGAAGAGGGAAGAGAAGAAGCUCCGAGGGAGAAGAAACCGCGCAAGAGGAAAGUCAGCGGUGAACGCAAAGAAAAGAAAGGCAAGGGCAAAGGCAAGCGCAAGAAGGACAUGGGUAGCGGUGAAAGUGGUUCUGAAAGUGAUCGACCCAAACCGAAGCGCGGAAGAAAGGCUGGCAUUAAAAAAGACAAAGGAUCUAGGAAGAGUACUGCUGAGUUUUCGAAGGGCAAGAUGCCCUUAUCGAAGGAGACUAUAUCGACAAGUGAAUCGGACAGUGAUUCAGGAGGACUUAAAAUUGCCAGCGGGGGUGAAAGCGGCAACGAGAGUCGCCCACGUGGAAGCAGAAAAAUUGCAUCAGAUUCCGAAGGCUCGCAAGCCUCGCGAUCUCGUUCCAGAUCGAAAUCCAGAAGUCGUUCUAGAAGUAGUUCGCGAUCGCGAUCAAGAUCGGGAUCCCGAUCGCAGUCCAGGUCGCGAUCCGGAUCAAAGUCCAGAAGUCCGUCUCGGUCUAAGAGUCGGUCAAGAUCAAGAUCAGGCUCAGCAAAGAGUCGGUCUCGCUCAAGGUCAGGCUCCAGGUCAAGGUCUGGUUCAAGAAACAGUCGUCAAUCGAGGUCACGAUCUCGCAGCGGUUCACGAAAAAGUGGAUCGCAGGCACGAUCAAGGUCAGGAUCUAGACGUAGCGUAUCAAGGUCAAGAUCACCCAGUGGAUCAAGGAAAGCGAUGUCAAGGUCAAGAAGUAGAUCGCCGGAUGAACGCAGAUCCAGAAGCAAGAGUCGUUCAAAAUCAAAAUCCGUUUCGAGAUCCAGAUCACGAUCUCGGUCGGGUUCAAGGUCGAAGAGCGGCUCUAGAAGCCGCAGUCCUAGUGGAUCGGCACGAUCCGCAACUCCAGAAUCCAGAAAAUCGGUUUCUGGUAGUGAUGUUGGUUCACGCCACUCGAGUUCUGACAGAGGGGGAGGAGGAGGAGGCGGCGGUGGUGGCAGCGAAAGCGAUUAAAUCCAAUGGCUGGGUUAAGAGAAUCGGCGCAACACGUGGAACGUACACUUUCACUGUUAAUUACAUAUACACGUUUUUGUAAGAGUGAAUUUACAUAUGAAAUAUACGAAUUUUCGCGAUAUCCCCCAGUACCGGUUCAAACGCGUCCGGCGAGUGAGCAGUUACAACUAGUUGCGCGCGCACAUCGACCGUUAAUCGUUCGAGAUUCCGAGCACCCUUCGAUCUCGUUCGAUUUUUGAGGUGCACUCGUUCAAAACAAUAAGAAACGAACACGGGAUUGUUUCGACGUAACAAGAUUGUAAAUCCACAUCAGCUGUAACGUUUUCUUCGUUAAUUGAUCGCCACUCGUUUUAACUUUAUCCAGCUUCAUUUUUGGGACUAUAUUUAAAUCGUGACACAAUCAGUCGACGUGAAGUAAUAUUUAUACUUUUACGCGGAAUUGUCACGAUUUCAUAUGUAAAUUGGUUCCGUUUUGCGGACAGACGUUAUUCUUCCUCAUUAGUGGUCUGUUGAUACUUUGUACAAUAAACAGAUAGUUUUAAUCGAUAUUACACAUUGAAGUUGAUUAUUAAACGUGGAACAGACGAAUGUAGCGAAUUAUAUCUUUUCGAUUGCGUUAGUCGUCAUAAUGCAAACAAAAUAUAUUGAGGUUGUAUUGACAACGAACGAAGCAUCGUUUUCUAUUAAAAAAUCAUAAA